AUGUAUUCUUCCAAGGUUGGAGUUCUUGCGCUUUUGCAGGCCGGUCUCACCUGUGCCUCGGCCAUCUCUCCCUCGUGGAACGUCAACAUCAAGCGCAAGGCUGAAACAAACGCAACACUCUAUGCUUACGGAACAAACUCAUCUUCGUGGCCCGUUGCUUAUGGACUGGAUGACGGCUACCUGUACAUCACUCAGACCCCUGACGACGCCAAUGCCAAUCUUGCCCCGAUCACUUGGGAUCUCCCAUCCAUCACGGGAGAGAACUGGAAGGUUAACGCCACGUUCGUGAACGGAACUUCUGCUGGCUCUUUGACCAUCAGCGACAGCGAUGAUAAUGCAAUGGGCCUUACUCAAACCCCUAAGGCAGUCACGGUCAACCAGACUACCUAUGGAUGGGCGUUGUUUGCGACACAGCUCGUGUACAACAACAACUCGCAGCUGGAGGCACAGUUCUGGGCGAAGCCCUCCGAAUGGGAAGAUACCUACCUCCUGUUCUGGAACGCGGACCAGCUUGUUUCGGAUGGAAGUUUCCCCGUUGUCGUUAAAGGAGUCGAGAACUCUUAG